GCGCGGAGGAUCAUGGGAGACAUAGUUCUACGCGGUUUUCGUUCAUGCCAGCGGUUUUGUCGGUGAUCCGUCUUCCCGAUCGCGUCCGCUGCUUGGCCCCGAAUGUCUAAAUGGCGCGAGUCUCCACGGCCGUCCGCGCUGGCUGCAGAGCGUGAACCUGAACACGGCAGCCGUUUAACGCCGCCGCCGCAGGAGAAAGAAGAUCCGGCCCGGGGACCGGAAGCCCGUUAUCUCCGAUGAUGAAAAAGCAACGGAAUCGGACGUCUGAGAAAAUCCUGGAUCUCACGCUUGAGAUCAUCUACCUGCUGACCGGACAGGAGUACGUUCCCACAAAUAAGCCAUAUGACGGGCACGCCGCGCGCAGCCGAGAUGCCCCCUACAGGACCCAGAACCCCGGGACGGAGCCUCCGCUGCACUCGCAGAGACGCGAGGACAACGGCGAGAAGGAGAUCCUGGACCUCACCAACAAGAUCAUCCAGCUGCUGACCGGAGAGGUGCCCAUGCGCUGUGAGGAUGUGGCCGUCUAUUUCUCCCUGGAGGAGUGGGAGUACAUCGAACGGCACAAGGAUCUUUGUAAAGAUGACACGAUGGGGGGGUACCGGCCCCUAGGAUCGUUGGGAGACCCGGUGGAAGCGGCGCGUGAACGGUUCCCUGUCUCUGCUUCCUCGGAAUAUAGAAGUGCGAGUCAAAGCGACGUCAGAAACCCCAGGUUGGAUUAUCCGCCGGUAACCGAGCCGCAGAAGAGCGCGUUCGAGUGCGCAGGAUAUAGGGGGGACUAUUCAGCGCGUCGGACCGCGCACGUUAACGAGGAGCCGGCUUCCUGCAACAUCAACGUUCAUACACCGGCGACAGAACGGACAUCGAUUCGUAACGAGCCCCUUGGAUUACCGGGAGACAUGGAGAAAGCUCCACGUGAAUGGUUUCCUAUCUCAUCUUCUUCAGAAUGUAGACCUACAAGCCAAAGCGACAUCAGAAACCCCAGGGCGGAUUAUCCGCUGGUAACCGAGCCGCAGAAGAGAGCGUUCGAGUGUGCAGGAGACUAUUCAGACUGCGGUCCUAGUCACGUGAACGCGACCUCCUUCAACAUGAACGUUCAUAGACCAGCGACAGAACGUCCAUCGACUCAUACCCAGCACGAGCCGGUCCUCUGCGAAAUAAAAAACCACCUGAUUUGCUCGCACAGAGAGCAUUCUCCGUCAGAUGAUAUGUUCAUCCGCAUCGUGGACGUUAAAAGCGUAGCAGACGCCGGCGUGCACACGCACACGGAACACGCGCCGGCAGAAGAUUCCGCCCAUCAGGACAGCGAGAACCGCUUCUCGUGCUUCGAAUGCGGGAAAGGUUUCGCCGAGGCCAGACAUCUCGUGGAACAUCGAAAGAGUCACUCGGAGACCAAGCCCUUCUCGUGUUUUGAGUGCGCAGAGCGCUUCGCUGACAAACCCAGUCUCUUUAGACAUCAGCUGGGUCACACCAAGGAGAGAGAUUUCACGUGCCCGGAGUGCAACAGAACCUUUCUCUACGAGUCCAGAUUCAGCCGGCACCAGAAGGUCCACCUGACCAAGACGCCAAUGAAGGCGUCCGACUGCAUAAACUGUUACACCCAUUACAUGCGCCUCGCCAGACGGAAGCCCUUCUCGUGUUUCGAGUGCGAGGAGCGAUUCGCCGACCAAUCGGGCCUCAUCAGGCAUCAGUUCAUUCACGUCCAGCAGAAAGAAUACCCGUGCCCGGAGUGCGGGAAGAUCUUUCCGUACGAGGCGAGGCUCAUAACGCACUUGAGGGUCCACGUGAGGAAAAAAAAAUACAUCUGCUCCGAAUGCGGGAAAUGCUUCACCCAGGAAGCUGCCCUCCUUCACCAUCAGUGGAGCCACACCGGCGUGAAACCGUUCCAGUGCACGUGCGGCAAGGUCUUCGCCACUCAGGCCUCCCUCAUUUUCCAUCAGAAGAUCCACACGAACUGUAGAAGAAAUUGCGAACUGAGGGGGUCCCCCCCCCGGCAGCCAUGUUUGUCGCCGUACUAACUUUUUGACCAGGUCCAUGCGCGGAGGAGGAGAGUCUUGGGUCAACGCUGAGACCCUGCCCCCCCAUUUUAAUUAGGUUUACCAUGAUUAUUUAUAAUGUCCUAAUUGCGGGGGAGGGGGUCGCUUUGAACUGCAUGCCCUAGUAAUAUAGUCCUCUAAGUAACUUUAGUCUAUGUAGUAUAAAGGCAGCCCUCGUUUCCGGGUCGGAGGAGGCUCCCCGCUUGCCGAUUCUCCCCGCGCACGGAAUAAAUUACUUGAAACCUGGUGGUCUCGCCUUUGCUGCUCGUCUGGAGAAAGCUGCAGCGCCGGCAGGCAGUGCUGGAGUUAUAUCGUACCGACAGGGUAAAUAAUUGCUGGACGAUGGCAGUUGGUUCUGGGCUGACUGUGGCUGAAGACUGCAUGGUCAACGGAGAACUACAGAAGCUUAGCUCAUGGUCAGUAGGGGGCUUUCCCAUGUGCCCAGGUGUUAUCUGAUUGGUUUAGGCAGGGCGAGUGAGACUCCAGUCACUGGUUGAUCAACAGCAAUGAGAUCAUGUGACCACAAAAGAUCCAGAACUCUCGUUUACGCCACCACGACCGGUCCUCUGCGGCCGCAAGACGCACUUCUAGUCAUUGUAUGUUUGGUAGGGUUGGGGGAGGGGUGGCUUUUACGUCCAAUGUAACUACAUGUACGUCUUUGUGUUUAUUUUGUAUUCAUUGACUUUUUUUUAGAUAUUUGGAUGUCUUAAAGUAUAAUUACGUCCCA